AUGGCGGCGGAGCUUCCCCGAUCAAACAGCAAGCCGGCGUUACUCAAAAAACCCUCCGCCGCCGCGAAGUCUCGCCGCCAUGCCUUCUUCGAAAUGCCUUUUCAACCGCCUCCACCGCCGUUCCGUUGGUCCGGACGCAGCGACGUUGGUGAAUUGGAUCAUGUUGGCGGACGCUGCCGAUCGUAUUGCUUCUCAAUUUGUACAUGGGCUUGUAUCGGAAUAUUCACUCUCACCAUUAUCCUCCUCCUCAUCGGUAUCUCCUACCUGGUCUUCCUCCGGUCAGGGUUGCCUCACGUGAACAUGACCAAAUUACAGUUCCAUAACUCACAGCAGAUGAAUUCAGUUCUGGAAUUGGAGCUAACAGUCUCAAACAAGAAUCAAAAGCUCAGACUGAUUUAUGGGCCUUUGGCAUUUGAUGUGACCAGUGAGGAUGUGAAACUGGAGAAGACAAAGAUUACUGGGUUCCGUCAGAAUCCCCAGAAUGACACUUUCUUGGAUGCACACAUGAAAGUGUACAAUAAUGCCGGAGUAAAUCCAAAUGCUGCAGGCGAUACGCAGUCUGAGUCGAAUGCUCAUGAAGCUGUGUUUGAUGUGUAUCUGAGUGGUUCCAUUGGUUUUGAUAUUGGGACUCUGCACACGAUUUCAGUGCCUUUUCUAUCAGCUUGCUAUGAAGUUAAGGAGAUCGAUGUGCGAUUAGGAAGAAGACCUAAAUGUGAUAUCAGGAUGUUUGCUUUCAGGUAA